GAUGCAAUGGUGGCCCAACUAUUAGGUGCCUCCAUAAUAAAGGGGCCACCGAUCUGGCCUUAGGAUUGGCCGAUGCCGACAUAGAUCCCCCCGGUAUACCUGAAAUCGAAGGCUAUCAAGAAGGGGACAUCGUCCAAGUCGGAGAUACCUUAACUCUGGCUUGCAUAACAAGAGGCGGUAAUCCUCAAGCCGAGCUCAUUUGGUAUCGUGACAACGUACAAGUGGAUAUGUCUUUCAGCACAAGUGGGCGAGAAGUGACGAACAUACACACCUUCACCGUUGACAAAACUGACAACAACGCCAUCUAUCGUUGCGAGGCCUCCAAUUCUGUAACAUAUCACCCGAGGAUAGCUAACGUUAAGCUUAGCGUACAGUUUGCUCCAUCAAAAAUUACAAUUGUGGGACCGACCGAAGGUAAAGUGGGCAAUGUCAUCACUAUGUCGUGUUCAGCAGGACCUAGCAACCCUCCAUCGCAACUGACAUGGAUUAUUGACGGCAAAAUUGUCCCUUCCACAGCAUCUGACGUUGAAGUUUCGAAAGGAGGAUGGCUCACUACUUCCAAUAUCACCGUCACUCUCACCAGGCAGGAUCCUGACAACAAGACUUUCGCAUGCCAUGCGGACAGCGAUGCAUUAAAAGAAACAAUCAAAGAGACUGUGUCAUUCAGUGUGGUUUAUCCACCUAGUCCUCCUUCAAUCAUGGGCUACGAGGAAGGAACACCAAUCAAAGCGGGUGAUUUUCAAAGAUUCACGUGUGUAGCAAUAGGAGGAAAUCCACUCGCCACACUGCGUUGGUUUAAACGUGAUAGGGAGGUGAGAGCUAUAACAAGUAUAAGUGGAAGUGGAGUUUUCAGCGAGCUCGUUAUCAGAGCUGAUGCAAGUGAUAAUGGUGCCGUCUACCGCUGUGAAGCCAUCAAUUCAGCCACGGAUAAGCCUUUGAUAGCCAAUAUAAAACUGACAGUUUACUUCCCCCCAUCAUCAGUUACAAUGAAAAUCACACCGAAUAAACCUAGAACUGGAGAAUUGGUAAGCAUUUUAUGCGAUUCUGGAAGCAGUAAUCCCGAAUCCACCCUCCACUGGUGGAGAAACGGCGAAGUACAUACUGGAUAUGAUAGUGAAAUCUCCGAAGCCAUCUACGGAGGAAAGUCCACCCAUAGCAGGCUUGAUUUGACAGUUUCGUCGAAAGAUGAUGAAGCAGUCUUCACCUGCCAAGCCACUAAUCAUGUCUUAGAAAGAAGCGUCCAUGAAAGCGUAACUCUAAGGGUUUUUUUCAAACCUGAGUUCCUUGUGGCAAGCCUAGAAAAAUUCGACGUCGUAGAGGGAGAAGCACUGAUCGUUAAUUUGACUGCCCGAGCCAAUCCUGCUGUGAUCGCUUACUCCUGGAGAAAGGGCCUUGUGACCCCUAUACCUUCCUCCCUCCACAAAGGGGAAUCAAGCAACAAAAUCAAUCACCGAGUCAGUUCCAGGGGUCCGUUGUUGGAGAUCAAGGAUUCCCGCCGGGAAGAUGCAGGACAAUACGAGUGCGAGGCCACCAAUUCAGAAGGGACUGGGCAUACCAUCAUUGUAGUUAAUGUUCUGUAUCCAGCAGCAGUUACAACUGUAACUAGAAGUGUGGCACUGAGUGAAGGAGAGGAUGCAACAUUCGAAUGCGCUGCAAUUGGCAAUCCGAUGAGGAGUGACGUCAUCAAGUGGAGGCGAAAGGGUUUUGACAUGAGCCACAAAAGUGAAGAGAAACUGGAAUGGGGUCGGGCAUACUUGACUGUUAUGAAUGUUACAAGGCAAGACGCCGGUGUCUUCGAGUGCGUUGCGUAUAAUGGCAUUGGACAAGAAGCAGUCGCAAAGUCUCAACUAAUUGUCAAGUUCAAACCAGAAACGUACCUCCCUCGCAGAUACAGGAAAGUAGCUGCAGACCGUGGCGAGACAGUUCGUCUUCGAUGUUUGGCAACAGGAGCUCCAGUUGUCAGAUUUUCGUGGUCCGAUGAAACAGGAACCAAUAUCACUGAAUCGCCAACAAUUAUUAAAUACUCAAGUAGGACAUCUCAAAUUGACACGGUGACGUGGGAGAGCGUAUUGUUCAUCAACAAUGUAGAAGAGGAGGAUUUUGGACGUUACACUUGCAUCGGCACUAAUGAAAUGGGCCAUGAUGCACUACAAGUUACACUUAUGAAAAGAGGUAAGCCGGAUACCCCAGAAGACUUCCAGGCUCAAAAUGUAACAUCAGAUCGCGUCCUCCUGAACUGGACUCCUGGCUUUGACGGAGGCUCUCCUCAAUUCUUUCGAGUCCGUUAUACAGUCAAAGGGUCUGAUGAAGAAACUAUUGUGGAUGUCAUGCCUACUAACGCGUCGGUAUUCAUGGUUACUGGACUGGAUCCUGGAACAGAGUAUUCAUUUGCUCUUAUGGCGUGGAAUGUGUAUGGAGAAAGUGGGUACACCUCAAAUGAAGUUUUAGCACAGACGACUGUAACUCGUCGGCUUCCGAGCACAGCUGUCGAUGCUCUCGCAAAAGAUAAUGAUGACAUGCCUAUCUUACUACUUGUUGUCAUUUGUGUGGCAGGAACUCUUCUGAUACUCAUCAAUGGAGCAAUAGUAGCUUGUUAUAUGCAAAGGAAAAAGAAAAGACAAACUCAAGGUUACCCUGUUCCAGACACAAAAGGACCUCCGUUUGACUCGAGUAUGUAUUCGAGAGAUAAAUACCACGAUACAAUAAAUGGUGAAGCUCUCAGAAGCCCUCUGAAUGAAGGAGAGGAGACAUUUCAUGAAGAAAUACUCAUGAAAGAAAUUAUGAAGCAAGAGCCAGAACCAGGGAAGAGCCCUAAAGUUGGACCCAAAGUUCCGCCUAGAACUCAAAAUCAGAGGUGGCCCGGUGCAGCAGAAAGUAGCUGUCCUGAUAUCUUGAAAAAUGGACAUAAUUAUGGAAAAGACGGGUGUGACUCCAGUACAUCUGAAAUAGAGGUAACUGUCACAGAUAUUCGCAGAGGCUCCUUGCUCAACGAGGCAAUCCCUUCAGACCCAAGUCUCUUCAUUCCACCUCCACCGCUGGGCACAGAAGAUCCUCUUCUGAAACCAGGAGGCGCAACAAUGGCCUUAGGAGUGUCUGCAGUCGACCUGACAUCGGGCAAAACAAAGACAAUAGUUAUUCACCCACCCCACAUGCACCACGAGGGAACACAGAAUCAACCCUCUUUGGUAACCUUGGAUGGGCAUUUUUUAUGACUUUAAAAAGCGUGCUUUGGGUUCCUGAUAAAAUCGACUCUCUAACUGUGAGCCGUCAAAUCUUCCCUGUUUGCUCAUAUAAUUUUGUGGCCUGGUCACUUUUUGAUACAUUUACGACGACCAAAGAUUUUGUUCUCGCUUAAUGUUUUACUGUUGCACGUUUGUUAAGUAACAGUUCAAGAAUACUUACAUAAACAACAGUUUAAUAUAUUUCAUAAAUUAUACUUAACAUUGAAUGUUUUGAAAAAGGGAAGGACGCUGAAUGUCUGAUGGUAUGCAAUGCAAGACAUUUAUUAACGCAUUAGACAAAGGUAUUUAAAGAAUAAGAGUGCUUUCGCGAAAAAAAAAAUAUGUAGUAUUUUAAAUGCAGACAGUCCUACAUAAAGUACUACAUGCACAUGAUUUGGAUGCUGUUGUAAAUAUCUUUAUCAGAGUUGAAUGAACGCAUUAAAAAAUCGGUUAGACUGUCACAAAUUUUACCAAAAUUAAUUCUUAUGCAGUGAUGAAAAAUGCGCAAUGCGUACUUUUUCAGGAGCAGAUGCCUUGGAAUUUCAUCAACAACACAGAUGUUAUCAUUUCUGUCUAAAUGCAGUAUUGCGGUACAUAAUUGUUAUGUAAAAAAUAUGUUAAAGAAAGUAUUAUUAAAUCACUUAGAUCUGGGUAGGUGGUAGUGAUGGGAAACAAACAGAAAUGGUAGAAAUGGGAAAGAAAGAAUAAUAGUUAAGAUGGAGACAAUGCAAAAUAGAAGGUUGAGGCGGUGGGAAGGAGAACCAAGCGAAAAGGCACACUGAUUAGCAGGAAAUAAACUGUAUAACCUGUACUAAGAAAUAUUAGUUUUGUAUGAGAAGAUUACAUAAUGGCAUGGUAUGGUGUAUUAAUGCCUGUGUAUAAGUACUGUUUUAUAAAUAAUAUAAAAAUUUUAAAAAAAUAAUGAUCUAUGGCAUUUGGAAUAUGCAUUCAAAUUCUAUGGAAUUUUAUCUUUUAGUUACUGAAAUCUAUGCAUUCAAAAAUUAUAUCAUUGCAACAUAUCGUAUUCUGUAAGAAAUAUUUCGAGCUUAAAAUUUACAUUUUCAAAGCAAAAUUCAAAGGAAAAUCGCACUGAAUAUCAGUUGCAGAACGGAAGACAUUCUGUUAUGCAAUCAACGUAAAGAGAUUAUGCUUGCUUAAACUGAAAUGUUAUCAUUAGUUAUUUAAUUGUACUUUAAUUCUUGUUAGCAAGUAUUGGUGAAAGAAAAAUAAUUCUCGGUUGUUUGACGAUGUUUCAGAUUUUCACAGGAUUAGUUCUGCUUCCGCGAUUUCUCUUUCCGCGUUUUUCAAAAUUUUUGCUGUUUUCGCGAAAUCGGAGAGUACGGUCCCCCUCCCACAACUCCUCAGGAGAUGUCACGAUGAGCCAUUAAGAACCGCUGGGCAGUUUCUUUGUGAAUAAGUUAAGUCUUCGUUAGAUUGAAGACGUGUCUUAGUUUAGGCUCCUCUGGAAAUGUUUAGUUCCAUUCCAUUUGUAAUUCUGUGUUGUUUUCACAUCCUAUGUUAAUCAAUAGGGAUGUUUUAGACAUUAUUCGAACUAUAAAGAAAAAAAACCUUUAGCCCUUCAUAAAAGUUAUCAGUAUUGAAUUCAGAAUGAAAAUAAGGAAAAUGUAGUUUAUUGGAUUUGCAUAAAGAAUUAAAAGCUGAAAAAGCGCAAUUAAGACCAAAGAAAUCGUCUUUUUAGAAAAAAGAACGUCGUUUUAGAAUGAAAAUUUAUUCUGAAAGAUUUUAUUAUAACUCCCUUUUAUGCAGAAUGUUGAAAGAAUAUUGUUUUUUUACUUUAGGAAACAAUCUUUUAGUUCAUUGCCAAAAUCAUCGCAGAGUUUGAACAUCUCUCUCUCUAGCUUCAUCCAUGCAAAGAUCUGGAAUCGUAAAUAUUUUUCAAUUAUUUCUUUUAAAAAUUCUUCUUUUUAAAUCUAAAAAUAUUUUCCUUCCUUACAUUUUGGAAGAGGCCAAGAUCCACUCGGCCUUCUACUUCCCUUUGGGAAGGGGGUAAUGAAGAUUGAUGAUUUCGAGGAAAUAGGAAGGUUUCUGACAACCGCGGAAACAGGAAUCGCGUAAAAAGGAAGACACCUUUUCACAAUACCUCACUUAACGUUUUGUGGCUGCACGGUCUACAAGAAUUCGAGAAAUGGGUUUGAAUUUUUGCAUGUUAUUAUUUUGUCAAAUUUCAUACAAUAAAUUCUAAAGCAGUUUCUAAAAAUAUGGGAUCGGUUUGCAAUAAUGUAUAAUACUACUCUGUUAUCAUUAGUAAUAUAAUCAUAUUUUUGAACUUUUUGGGUGAAAAUAUUUUAUAAUUUCUAUACAACUCUCACUCAAUAAGUCUUCGUUAGAUUGAAGACGUGUCUUAGUUUAGGCUCCUCUGGAAAUGUUUAGUUCCAUUCCAUUUGUAAUUCUGUGUUGUUUCACAUCCUAUGUUAAUCAAUAGGGAUGUACUUAUCAAUAGGGAUGAUCUUCUUUUAGGAUUAGAAGUACUGACUUCUAAUCCUAAAAGAAGUCGAAUAACACAGAUUUCGAGUGAACGCAUUUAAGUAAAUGAACUGAUGCUCUAAUACAUUUUCAGCAUAAAUAGAGAAAUCAGUUUAGUUUUUAGGGAUAUCUUUUUUUUUUUUUUUUGUUAGUCAGGUGCUAUAACAGUGUAAUAAAUUCCGUAGUUAAUAAUUUUUUCUUGUUUACAAAAAUUUGUUUCUUUAAAUCUUUUUCUUUCCUCACAGAAAUCAUAAUCUAAAUUCAUAAUAAAAUUUUAAAUUCCUCUACCUCUAAUCUGUUACCUUCCACUUUAAAAGCAUGCAUUUUUUAUAGUUUUAUAUCAAAAAUUUGAAUCUGAGAUUUAGAUUUUCAAAAUCUUUUUUUGUUAUGCACGCUAUUUACAAAAUCUGUAGUCAUCCAGUUAUCCAAUAAAUAAUUCUUUACGAGACUGAGAAUGAUAACUAUUAAUAUCAGGUUUUUUACAUAAUUUAUAAUUAAUUUUAUCCUUACUUGUAAGGAAUUUCAAUGCCUCUCAAAUAGUUCGCGAAUUUCAAAUACCUUACGAAUUAUUCCCAAUAGUUUACGAAUUCCAGUGCCUCUCGUCUAGUUUCCGAAAUGGGCUUAUGAAAAGCCGAAUCGCUAUACUUCUGAUCAAAUUAAUAAUCAGUCAAAGUAAAUGUUACCAGUUUCAGCUCUACACAGAAACUUCUGUUCUUGAAUUUGACCUCUAGGAAAUCGAGUUGGUAGCUCCGUUUGAGGCUAAAAAAGAUCUUGGAUUACUGCGAAGCCAUUAGAACUGCUAUCGAACAAAGGAGAAACAUUGUAUACGAUGAUAAUUAGAUGGUAAGAAUCUAACGGUUUUCAUAACAAUGUUAACUAAGAAAUGGAGCAGAAAUAUUUACGAAUAUUAUUAGAAAUAAUAAGAAAAUGUUUUCCAAUUCAUUAAGAUAUAUUUAUAUCUUGAGAACUACAUUAUAAAGGUAUUUUAUUACCAUCAAUGUAAUAAUGCAGUCGCACAUGAAAAUUGCGCAUAACACGAUGCAACAUACUGGCAUGCCUAACAUUAAAACUUCGGCUGCAAUAGGAUGAUGUUACACCAUACUAGACAAAAGUAAAUACAAGGGUCUUAAAAUGAAUUUUCCUGGCCAUCUGAAUUCGUGGUUUAGAUCUCUUGAUCUUUUGAUUUCUUUCUGGAAAGGUGGAAAGUAUCCUCAGUCACAUUUAAAUUAUCCUCAGUCUCUUCCCCCCUCCAGUUUUAUCAGACCUACACUGCACACUUUAUCCAUUCCUGAACCGUUCAAUAAUCCCCCCCUCAAACUUAUGAAGAUAUCUGAAAUACAUCACUUAUAUUCCCCUUCACCAAAGACAGCCCUGGCGAGCCAAACUUUUGAAGCAAAGAUUGUUCUAUUAGCGGAGCCACCUGGCUCAUAUGCUAACUGCCUCAGUGCCCGCUGUUGGUGGAAAGAAAGAAAGCUCAGACAUGUGCGGAGGUUUAAAUACUUUACGUUGUGAUGUUCACCCUUAACUAGUAUUGCUACUAUGUUACAGAACUUUACACAGAUUUUCAUGUUUGAUUGCAAGAUUGCUUUAACUGUAAUAGAAAAACAUUUUCAAAAAUAAUAUUUAGUUUGGCUAUUUUAUUGCACCAUAUCGGUACACAUCGAUAAAACGCAAUAAAUGGUCUUCUUAUUUCUAACAAUCUUUUGAUAAUAUUGCAUCAUUGACGCAACAUUUGCAAGAAAACUAGACGCAUAUGCCCCAUAUUAUAGAUUUAAUGGUCCGCGCAUUGUUGUUGCAUCUAAUUGAGAGAAUUCGCUUCCCGUAUGGAAGGUGAAAAGUGUGAAGAAGGAAUCUGAAGUAGGAUUACGGUUAAUUAGUCAAGCCUAAUCAAAAACUAAAAAUAUUUGAAGUUGUUGUCUAAAACUAUUAUCGAUUACAGAUAAUUCAUUUGGCAAAAACAGCCUCUGCGUAAGACGAGAAAUAUCUUGGACUCGAUUCCUUGUCGAAUGUGGAUUGUCGCAUGAUUAUGAAAUCUGACUGACAAGAAUUCCAGAUUAAAUAAUUAUCUAAAACACUUUUAAUCAAACACGUAGAUCGCUUUAUUAUUAACGGAUAAUUCCUAAAACGCAAGUAAUCACGACAUGGCUAUCUAAAACUCUGAUUAAUACAAAAUGCAAUUACUGCAUUUUUACAAUUAAGCGUAGAUGAGAGGAAACAAAUGCGUAAACCUUGCAUAAAAUAAGCUUUAUAUCAGGUUAAAACACUGGAAUUAGUGAAUAUUUUUCCCGAAUCACAAUAAUUUUAUACAUCUUCAAAUAAAAUUAAACUUCGAAGGUAAAAUAAUGACGAUUUUGUUCCUGAAAAUAUUUUUGUCCAUCUCUAAAGUUUUAUGAAGACUUAAAAAUUUGAAAAUUUACAUCAAAAAGAAAAAAAAAUUACUUAUGUUUUAGGAGUUAAGGAAAAUGUUUAAGUGAUAAAUUUGUUACACUGAUGUGAACUUCAAAACCACUUACUGGGACUUUAUUCAGCUAGCUGAAAUUCUGUACUUUCGCACUUUUUCAAAACCUUCCUUUAUCAAUUGCGAAAUGGAAUGAUAACUUUCUGCUAAAGAUGUGUAUUAUAUGCUUUGUGAAAUUAAUCCUUCUCUCAAAAUCAAAUCUUUUAAUUUUUGCCGUCACAAAUGGAUCUUUUUCAUCAUCAAAUUGGUUUUUUGGAAUGUCUGGAUUUUCCUAUCGCUCAGAACCUCACUAUCUAUAAGCAGUUUCUCAGUAAAAAUACUGAUUUUUCGUAAAAAUUACUUUGUCAUGAAUAUAAACUGUUUGUGCAAAUCAGUGCCUUCUUGACCAAAUACGUGAUAUCGAUAAUGUAUCGAUUCUUAUGAGCUACUGCGAAAGGUUGAGAAAUGUACUCGUCGUUUCUACACAAAAAUUUAUUUGUACAUUGUGAACGAGCAUUCGAUUAUCUCUCUGUGUGUAUGUAUUAUAUAUAUAUACAUAUAUAAAAAUUACCUUCAUUAAAAGAUGAUCGUGUACAAAAAAUAAAGUUCGAUUUUAAA